UUUUCAGACUAUGGCUUUCAAAACCGCCUUUUUGGUCCUUCUGCUAACUUUCACUAUCUCAAAUGUCAUCUCUGAGAAAAUGAGAUUCCCUACGGCGCAAGAUCUAAAAGAACGUUCAUACGUGGCAUGUGCAUGGAAAGCAGUGAUGGAUGUCAACAAAGUCAGAAACAGCCUGUAUAAGAUGAUUCCCAUAAAGGUGGUCCAGGCUCAAAGUCAGGUUGUAGCAGGUUCCAUACACAGUUGGGACAUACUUUAUGGUGAUUCUACAUGCAGGAAUGGAGGGACUGGGUUAUCAGCGGUGCACCUAGCUAACUGUCAGUUGAAGCCGAAUGGACACAGAGCCCUUUACAAAGUUCAGUUAUACUCUAGACCUUGGGAGAACAAACAUAAACUCACUGUCAAGAAAAUCCGCGAUGUUGCUCCUGGUGAAGAAAUUUGAAGGAAAAUUGUUGUUUCAGCUGAUGGAACGGAAGUGCAAUAAAUUGUUAACUUU